AUGGCGACCGAGACGUCAACAUGGCAACAUCUGGCCAAGGCCAAACUCGCUGCAAUCAAUGGGUCAAUACCAGAAAAGUGGCAGCUUUCUUCGAUCCCUUCAAUUGCAGAGCAGCAAGAUGUAACAGGCCCUUUCAUCUGCAAGUUUCUGUCCACCGAGGAGAUUGAAAUUACCGAGACAGAUGCCGUCGACAUUGUUGAAAAGACGUCUCUGGGGAUCUGGACGGCAGAGGAAGUAACAACAGCCUUUUGUCACCGGGCCAGCCUUGCACACCAAUUGACGAAUUGCCUGCAUGAGACCUUUUUCGAGGCAGCCAUUGAGGAUGCUAAACAGCUCGAUGCAUAUUACGCGCAGCACAAGGCACCGAUCGGCCCAUUGCACGGACUGCCUAUUAGCUUGAAGGAUCAGUUUCACGUCAAGGGCGUAGAGACCACGAUGGGCUAUACAGGCUGGAUCAACACCUUCGAAGGCAAGAAGGGCACAGGCAAAGAGAAGGUGUUCGAAAGCGAAAUGGUGAAGGAGUUGCGCUCGUUAGGAGCGGUGCUCUACUGCAAAACGGCAGUGCCUCACUCCCUCAUGGCAGGUGAAACGGUCAAUAACAUCAUUGGGUAUACAACGAAUCCAAAAAAUCGCAAUCUGACUUGCGGUGGAAGCUCUGGAGGGGAGGGUGCUCUCAUUGCACUUAAAGGUUCGCCUGUAGGCUUCGGAACUGAUAUUGGGGGAAGCAUACGCAUACCCGCAGCGUUCAAUGGACUCUUUGGCCUUCGUCCAUCCGCAGGCCGCAUGCCAUAUGAAGGUAUGGCGAACAGUAUGGACGGGCAAAACUCUGUACUUUCAGUCGUGGGACCUCUAUCGCAUUCUGUGGCGUCCUUGAGGCUAAUGGUCAAAUCCCUUUUGAGUCAACAACCUUGGUUGCACGAUCCAUUAUGCAACGAGCUCCCAUGGCGGCAAGAUCAGGAAACCCAGACUUUAGACCUCAUAAGCUCUUCUAAGUUGUCAUUUGGCAUCCUUAAGCACGAUGGCGCUGUUACGCCUCACCCUCCGGUACAAAGAGCCCUCGACAUGGUUGUGGACACUCUCCAAAAGCUUGGACAUGAGGUCAUUGAAUGGCAUCCUCCGUCCCACAAACGCGGCUUUGACAUUAUCACUAGCUCGUGGACUUACGAUGGUGGCACAGACAUCCACAAUGCAUUGGGACUUUCAGGAGAGCCGAUGGUGUCUCAGAUUUCUGGCAUGUACCGCAAAAGGCGUGAGGAGGCAAGUGCGAGCAAGAUUUCGGCGAACAACAUCGCCAAGCGUGAAUACCAGAAAGAAUAUAUGGAGUAUUGGAACAGUACUGCACGCUCGACCAGCACAGGUCGACCAGUCGAUGCUAUAAUAGCACCUCUAGCACCUUUUGCGGCUGCGAGGCCUGAUCGAUACAAAUACUAUGGCUACUCGAACAUUUACAAUACUCUUGAUUACACGUCCUGCGUCAUACCUGUGACGAAUGUCGAUAAGAAGGUCGAUAUGGUGAAUAAGAGCUUCAAGCCAGUCAGUGAGCAAGAUAGAGAUAUACAGGAAGACUACGACCCUGAAUUAUAUCAUGGCGCCCAUGUUGCAGUGCAGCUCGUCGGGCGCAGGUUACAAGAGGAGAAAGUGCUUGCUCUUUCAGAGUACGUUGGAGGAGCUAUUGCUGAGUCCAAAGAUACUCGAUCCAGCCAUCUGUAA